AUGCCAGUCACGGAGUCCAAAUACCUGAGCCCCGUGUGGAGAGAUGGCCUAUUCAAGGACCGCGUCGUGUUCGUGACGGGCGGCGCCGGCACCAUCUGCAGCAUGCAGACCCGGGCUCUGGUGCGCCUCGGGGCCAAUGCCUGCAUCGUCGGCCGGAGCGAGGACAAGACGGUCGAGGCGGCCAAGGACAUUGCCACGGCCAGGCCCGGCGCCAGGGUCAUUGGAAUCGGGGGGUGUGACGUGCGCCAGAUGGAAAGCCUCCAGGCGGCGGCGGACCGCUGUGCGCGCGAGCUGGGAGGCAUCGACUUUGUCAUAGCCGGGGCUGCGGGCAACUUUGUCGUGCCCCUCGAAGCCAUGAGCUCCAACGCCUUCAAGUCCGUCAUGGACAUCGACGCGCUUGGCACCUUUCACACGGUCAAGGCCACGUUGCCGCACCUCCUGCUCAGCCCCACACCGCGCAUCAUCUACAUCUCGGCCACCUUCCACUACACGGGCAUGCCCAUGCAGGCGCACGUGUCGGCGGCCAAGGCGGCCGUCGACUCCAUCGCGGCGUCGGUGGCCCUCGAGUACGGGCCCCGCGGCGUGACGAGCAACGUCAUUGCCCCCGGCGCUAUCGAGGAGACGGAGGGCGCGGCCCGGCUGCUGAGCAGCGAGGUGACCAAGGAAUACGCCGCCACCAUCCCUUCGGGCCGGCUGGGCACGGUGCGCGACGUGGCCGACGCCACCGUCUUUCUCUUCAGCGAGGCCGGCGCCUACAUCAACGGCCAGGUGAUUCCCGUCGACGGCGGCGCAUGGAGGCGGCAGGCCGGCUCGGCUGUUGGCACGGACCCGUCGAUGCAGUACCCCAACUACUUGCUGUCCGGGGAGAUUUCCAAGAACAUCAAGGAUCCGAGGAAGUCGAAGCUGUGA